AUGUUUUUAACUAGAAGUGAAUAUGAUCGUGGUGUAAGCACAUUUUCUCCAGAGGGUAGAUUGUUCCAAGUUGAAUACUCUUUGGAGGCUAUCAAAUUAGGAUCUACAGCAAUUGGUAUUGCCACGAAAGAAGGUGUUGUACUUGGUGUUGAGAAGCGUGCCACCUCUCCACUAUUAGAAUCAGACUCCAUCGAAAAAAUUGUGGAGAUCGAUCGCCAUAUCGGUUGUGCAAUGAGUGGGCUCACAGCAGAUGCUCGUUCCAUGAUCGAGCAUGCGCGUACCGCUGCAGUAACACACAAUUUGUAUUAUGAUGAAGACAUCAAUGUCGAAUCCUUAACACAGUCAGUUUGUGAUCUUGCUCUAAGGUUCGGUGAAGGUGCCUCUGGAGAGGAAAGACUGAUGUCGAGACCAUUCGGGGUUGCCUUAUUGAUCGCUGGUCAUGAUGCGGAUGCUGGCUAUCAGCUUUUCCACGCAGAACCAUCUGGAACCUUUUACCGUUACAACGCUAAGGCCAUCGGUUCUGGUUCUGAAGGUGCCCAAGCGGAACUUUUAAACGAGUGGCAUUCUUCUUUAACUUUGAAAGAAGCUGAGCUUCUUGUUCUAAAAAUCCUAAAGCAAGUCAUGGAAGAAAAACUAGAUGAAAACAAUGCGCAAUUGAGUUGUAUAACAAAGGAAGACGGAUUCAAAAUAUAUGAUGACUCAAAGACUGCUGAAUUGAUAAAGGAAUUGAAGGAAAAAGAGGCCGCGGAAAGUCCAGAAGAAGCGGAUGUUGAAAUGUCAUAA